GCGAUAUCCUUUCAAUACCCUGGAAGUGGGUGUAAUAUGAUAACUUCGAAUACCCGGCCACUUCUCGAGUUGAGUGGCCUUUCACUUUUAGACAGGGUUCGAUGCUCUUUGGAAGUUCCAGCAACAAGUAACAGAAUACAAAUUUUGUUGUGCCAAAUCAAUUCUGGUUUUGUAAAAAUCUUUAAAUCUUGACCUAGAAAUGUGGCAAACUAUGUUUUUAAUCGAGACCAUCAAUUGACACUUUCGGCACGAAGACUACUUCGUUACUAAAGCAACGGUUGCAGUUCACGAACACUUGCCGAUAUACUUGAAGGUGAUUAAGUCUUUUCGUGUCAUUUGAACUUGUCUUUUUUGCGGACAUUACUAAUAUUUAAUUUUUGUGUUCAUCGUGCAGACUUGAAUAAUUGUAUUUUUGCAAGGAAAACUUACGAAGUCUGCUAUAAGAAAGCGUUAAGUGAGGUAGAAUUCAAAUAAGCGACUGAAGUUCCGUCGACAUGAAUAAGAAAAAUCAGGGCAUGAGAGUUGGGAAAUCUGAACUUGGUAGAUCUCUUGGAGCAGUUACUUUCGCCAAAAUCAAGUUUGCAAAGAAUUUGGAGACUAGCCAAAGUGUAGCCAUCAAAGUUCUGGAUAAGGACAAGAUCCUCAAACAUAAGAUGGUUCAGCAGAUUAAAAGAGAAAUAUCCAUGAUGAAGCUAGUGAAGCACCCGUAUAUUGUGCAACUUCUUGGGGUCAUGGCUAGCAAAUCAAAAAUCUACAUUGUGCUAGAGUAUGUGACUGGCGGCGAGCUUUUUGAUAAAAUUGUAAGUACAUACGUAUCCCAGCUGAAAAAAUUUACCAAAACUUUUGGUUUAAGAACGGAUAUUCUCCUCCUAAGUUUGAGAGGGACUUGGAUAUCAACCUCGACGAUAUUGAUGCUGUAUUCACCACCGGCAGUGAAUGCAUUUGAGCUCAUCUCUCUCUCUCGUGGACUUAAUCUCUCUGGCUUAUUUGAAACACAAAGCCAGCCUGCUAAUGAGAUUAUUAGCACCAUUGAGAAAGAUGCUAAGCAUUUUGCCUUCAAUGUACAGAAAAGGGAUUACAAGAUGAAGUUGCAAGCAGACAAGUACGGCAGAAAGGGCCAUCUUUCAGUGGUUACGUAGGUUGGUUUAGUACUAAUGGAAAAACUAAUACGUUGAAUUCUGAAAAGUUAGGUUUUUUGCAUUGGAACACAACGUGAUGAGUAGUAAGGAUUAAUUUUUUCACAGAGGAAUUGCCGCAUUAUAUCAAUGCUAAAAUCAUAAAGUAUCUAGUGGUGGGUGACUCAUAGAUGUCUGCAGGUUUUGCCCCCCCCUUUUGCUCCAACACAUUCUUGUUUGUAAUGUGAAUGAAGUCCCAUUUUUGUAACAUGAUAUUAGAGCCCUAGAU